AUGGUGUCGCAGCGACGGGCGCUUCUGGCCCUCGUCCUGGUUUCUUCACUGCUCGAAUUCACCUUCGGGAAGGUGGUACUCAACCACGACACGCAGGAGAGCGAGCGUUGGUGCCGUUGGAACGCCUGCAUCAGGAAAUGCUGCCCGGAGCGCCAGCUGCUCGCCAACAAAACCUGCGCCGAGUCCUCCGAGCACGAGUUCACCUUCAAGAGCUACGACGGGCUGCGGGAGAUCACCGACGCCACCGUGGUGUACCACGUCCUGCACAGCAACUCCUGCCGGUCGGCGGGGCGCUUCAAGCUGUCGCCCGAUUACGACGAGGCCGAUGAGUUUUACGUGCAGAGGAACGGCACGCUGCUGAAGCCUAAGGACGAUGUGAUGCCCAGGGUGUCCUAUCAGUUUUACUGUUUGGAGAAUUUCCUGUUUUCCGAUCGCGUGGAACUGUCCGCUAUCGUUUGCUACAACGACGGGGACUUGGAAGCGACGGCCGAUAAGCAGAACGCCUGCUAUGUCGACGGUAUGGAUUCGAAAUCGGCGAUCUGGUGCCUUCUGCUCUUCAUCGGCAACAUCUUCGCCGAACCGUGCCCCGACUAUCUCUCCGUCAACAUCACCGACGGCGCUCCGCUGGACCACGAUCGCCUCCUCAAAGACGGCAUCGUCUACGACCAGAAGAACUACUACCGGUCGGGCGGCGCGAUAUUCGGCUGCGUGUGCAACUUGCGAAGAUGCCUGAGGAAGUGCUGCGGGAAAAACGAGGUUUUCGUGAACGACACGUGCGUGGAAAGUCCCGGCCGAGCGAUCAGUUUUCCUGUCUACAAUCUCACGCAGGAACAGGCCAAUGCCAGCGCGGGGUUGUUCGUUGUGUACGGGGGCCGCUGUUUGAACACGCACGAUAGCAUUCGAGCCGAUGGGGCGAGAUUGUACCUCCAAACCGACGGUUCUGUGUACUAUGUGGAGGAUGAUUACACGAAUAUAUACAGCGUGGAGAAUUAUUGCAUCGAUAUCGUGGAUGGGGUCAUGUCGGGGUUUACGUGCGAGGAAAAAGAGUCGGGAGAAGAGACGUUUAUCAAAGGGAACGUGAGAAAAUGCUGUGCUUCCGAUCAAGUGAUGAUAGGAAAAACCAAAACCUGCGAGAAGUCCCGAGAGCUAUUUAAAUCUACGUUUCUACCUGCGUUAAAAUCGAAAACGAGCGUGCAGAAUUUGGUGCACAAAGAGCUGAACUGUGGAAAAAAUUACAAACGAUUGAUCAUUAGCGACUUUCGAGUGGACGAUGACGGCUCGUUUUACUGGGAUGACACCGAAUACGCGGGGAUAAAGUUCUAUUGCAUCGAUUUGUUCACGAUCGAUUCGGCGGAGAACGAAUUGAGGGCGUUGGUUUGCGUUGGAAACGAAGAAAUCGUGGAUUCCACAAACAUACCUGUGGCAGCGGAAUUUCACAUUAGGGGCAUCGUCAAUAAGCAAUUACCUGCCGCUUUCAAAUAG